AGAGGCCGAGGUGACAGGCGCGCGGCGGGCGCGAGGGAAGGGCGCGGGCGAGGCGCCCAAGACGUUCGUCUCCUGGGUCGCCGAGCCCUCCAGGUCUUUCGCCCGGCACCGCGGCACCGCAGGGGAGGGUGCGGUGUGGGGACGUGGGAGUCUAGGCUGCGGGCCCCACAACUGUUGCUGCUGGAAGCCGGGCGGGGGCUGGGGAGCGGGGCUGGGAGCUGGGGCCGUGGCUGGGUUCGGCCAGAGCGGAGGGGGCUGGAGAGGGCACGGAGCAGAGAGGACGAAAGGGGGCUGUCGGUGGCUCCAGGAGCCCGGCCCCGUGCUCCCGGAGGUCUGCUGAGCACCUACCACACGCAUCUGCCUUCACACUCCCGCCCCUUCACCGGCUGUAAGUCCCCCAGGUCCUCCCCUCCCAGCUCUUCCUUCGGUAGAGCGCUCCCUCCUCUGACCUCAGGAAAUCAGCGUGGGCUUCACCGGGUGGUGGGCUCUUCCCAAAUGCUGGACCCGCGCCCGGCGGACCCAGGCUCCGAGGAGGGGAAAGGAAGGGUGGGCGAAGAGGACCUGGGAGAGCCGAGAGCCUGGGUGCGCUGGGCCCUGGCUGCCCCACCAACGUGUUGCUCUGGUCCCCCGGGGCUUCGACCAGGAUCCCCGACGGCGGGGAAGGGGAGCCACUGAGCCUCCUGCGGCAGAAGGCGGUUCGUGCCAGGCCUAGGUGGGCAGGGCGAGGUCCAAACGAAGGCAAAAGCACCCAGUGGCCAGAAAAUCGCCAAGGGUGCGUCCCACGACCCAUCCCAAGGUCCUGCUGGGACCCUCCAGUGGACAUGGGUGGGGCCCUGGGGCCGGUCCUGCUACUCACCUCACUCCUCGGUGCCUGGGCAGGGCUGGGCCCGGGGCAGGGCGAGCAGGCUGUGACGGUGGCCGUGGUGUUUGGCAGCUCGGGGCCACCGGAGGCCCAGGCCCGUAUCCGCCUCACCCCCCAGAGCUUCCUGGACCUGCCCCUGGAGAUCCAGCCACUCACCGUGGGUGUCAACAACACCAACCCCAGCAGCCUUCUCACCCAGAUCUGCGGGCUCCUGGGCACUGCCCGAGUCCACGGCAUCGUCUUUGAGGACAACGUGGACACUGAGGCCGUGGCCCAGAUCCUCGACUUCAUCUCCUUCCAGACCCACGUGCCUAUCCUCAGCAUCAGUGGGGGCUCUGCUGUGGUCCUCACCCCCAAGGAGCCGGGCUCCGCCUUCCUGCAGCUGGGCGUGUCCCUGGAGCAGCAGCUGCAGGUGCUGUUCAAGGUGCUGGAGGAGUACGACUGGAGCGCGUUCGCCGUGAUCACCAGCCUGCACCCGGGCCACACGCUCUUCCUCAAGAGCGUGCGCGCCGUCGCCGACGCCAACUACGUGGGCUGGCGGCUGCUGGACGUGCUCACGCUGGAGCUGGGCCCCGGCGGGACGCGCGCCCACACCCAGCGCCUGCUGCGCCAGAUCGACGCCCCGGUGCUGGUGGCCUACUGCUCGCGCGAGGAGGCCGAGGUGCUCUUUGCCGAGGCGGCCCAGGCCGGCCUGGUGGGGCCCGGUCACGUGUGGCUGGUGCCCAACCUGGCGCUAGGCAGCACCGACGCGCCCCCCGCCGCCUUCCCCGUGGGCCUCAUCAGCGUCGUCACCGAGAGCUGGCGCCUCAGCCUGCGCCAGAAAGUCCGCGACGGCGUGGCCAUCCUGGCCCUCGGCGCCCACGGCUACCGGCGCCAGCACGGCACCCUGCCCGCCCCGGCUGGGGAGUGCCGCGGCCACCCUGGGCCUGUCAGCCCUGCCCGGAAGGCCUUCUACAGGCACCUACUGAAUGUCACCUGGGAGGGCCGGGACUUCUCCUUCAGUCCUGGUGGGUACCUGGUCCAGCCCACCAUGGUGGUGAUCGCCCUCAACCGGCACCGCCUCUGGGAGAUGGUGGGGCGCUGGGACCAUGGUGUCCUCCACAUGAAGUACCCGGUGUGGCCUCGCUACAGUGCUUCCCUGCAGCCCGUGGUGGACAGCCGGCACCUGACGGUGGCCACGCUGGAAGAGCGACCCUUUGUCAUCGUGGAGAGCCCCGACCCUGGCACAGGCGGCUGCGUGCCCAACACUGUGCCCUGCCGCCGGCAUGGCAACCACACCUUCAGCAGUGGUGACACGGCCCCCUACACCAAGCUUUGCUGUAAGGGCUUCUGCAUCGACAUCCUCAAGAAGCUGGCCAAGGUGGUCAAGUUCUCCUACGACCUGUACCUGGUGACCAACGGCAAGCAUGGCAAGAGGGUGCGCGGCGUGUGGAACGGCAUGAUCGGGGAGGUGUACUACAAGCGGGCAGACAUGGCCAUUGGCUCCCUCACCAUCAAUGAGGAGCGCUCCGAGAUCGUGGACUUCUCUGUGCCCUUCGUGGAGACGGGCAUCAGUGUGAUGGUGGCUCGCAGCAACGGCACCGUCUCCCCCUCGGCCUUCCUGGAGCCCUACAGCCCUGCCGUGUGGGUAAUGAUGUUUGUCAUGUGCCUCACCGUGGUGGCCAUAACCGUCUUCAUGUUCGAGUACUUCAGCCCCGUCAGCUACAACCAGAACCUCACCAGCGGCAAGAAGUCUGGGGGCCCGUCCUUCACCAUCGGCAAGUCUGUGUGGCUUCUCUGGGCACUGGUCUUCAACAACUCGGUGCCCAUCGAGAACCCCCGGGGCACCACCAGCAAGAUCAUGGUCCUGGUCUGGGCUUUCUUCGCCGUCAUCUUCCUCGCCAGCUACACCGCCAACCUGGCCGCCUUCAUGAUUCAGGAGCAGUACAUCGACACUGUGUCUGGCCUCAGUGACAAGAAGUUCCAGCGGCCUCAGGAUCAGUACCCGCCCUUCCGCUUCGGCACCGUGCCCAACGGCAGCACGGAGCGGAACAUUCGCAGCAACUACCGCGACAUGCACACCCACAUGGUCAAGUUCAACCAGCGCUCAGUGGAGGACGCGCUUAGCAGCCUCAAGAUGGGGAAGCUGGAUGCCUUCAUCUAUGACGCUGCUGUCCUCAACUACAUGGCGGGCAAGGACGAGGGCUGCAAGCUGGUCACCAUUGGCUCUGGCAAGGUCUUUGCCACCACUGGCUACGGCAUCGCCAUGCAGAAGGACUCCCACUGGAAGCGGGCCAUAGACCUGGCGCUCCUGCAGUUCCUGGGGGACGGGGAGACCCAGAAGCUGGAGACGGUGUGGCUCUCGGGGAUCUGCCAGAACGAGAAGAACGAGGUGAUGAGCAGCAAGCUAGACAUCGAUAACAUGGCCGGCGUCUUCUACAUGCUGCUCGUGGCCAUGGGGCUGGCCCUGCUGGUCUUCGCCUGGGAGCAUCUGGUCUACCGGAAGCUGCGCCACUCGGUGCCCAACGCGUCCCGGCUGGACUUCCUGCUGGCCUUCAGCAGGGGCAUCUACAGCUGCUUUAGCGGGGUGCACAGCCUGGCCAGCCCCGCGCGGCCGCCCAGCCCGGACCUCACCGCCGGCUCGGCCCAGGUCAGCGUGCUCAAGAUGCUGCAGGCGGCGCGCGACAUCGUGACCACGGCGGGCGUGAGCAGCUCCCUGGACCGCGCCACGCGCACCAUCGAGAGCUGGGGCGGCGGCCGCCGUGCGCCCCCGCCGCCCGCCUGCCCCAGUCCGCGGCCGCCCACCCCCGGCCCGACCCCCGAGCCGAGCCCCACGGGCUGCGGGCCGCCGGGCGGGGGCCGCACCGCGCUGGGGCGUAGGGCCCCGCAGCCCCCGGGCCGCCCCCCGACGCCCGGGUCCUCCCUACCCGACGUCUCCCAGGUGUCCGGCCGGCCGGCCUGGGAGGCGCGGUGGCCGUCGCUGACCGCGCGCGGCGGGCGGCACCUCUCGGCCUCCGAGCGGCGCGCGCUCCCGGAGCGCCCUCAGUCGCCCGAGCGCUGUCACUACAGCUCCUUCCCUCGAGCCGACCGGUCAGGGUGCCCCUUCCUUCCGCUCUUCCCGGAGACCCCCGAGCCCGAGGACCUGCCGCUGCUCGGGCCGGAGCAGCUGGCCCGGCGGGAGGCUCUCCUGCGCGCGGCCUGGGCCCGAGGUUCGCGCCCGCGCCACGCUUCCCUGCCCAGCUCGGUGACCGAGGGCUUCACCCGGCCCAGCUCGGAGCCCUCCCGGUGUGCCCGCCCGGCCUGCGGGCGCUGGACGCAGGCGCAGUCGAUGCGGCUGCCGUCCUACCGGGAGGCCUGCCAGGAGCGGGUGUGGGCAGGGGCCACCCCCUGGCCGCAUGGACAGCACGCCUGCCUCCACGCCCAUGCCCACCUGCCGCUUUGCUGGGGGGCUGUCUGCCCUCACCUCCCACCCUGUGUCAGCCACGGCCCCUGGCUUCCUGGGGCUUGGGGGCCUCCGGGGCACAGGGGCAGGACUCUGGGGCUGAGCACAGAAUACAGGGACACUGGGGGGCUGGAAGAGGUCAGUAGGGUGGCCUGUGGGAUGUACGGCUUCCCCCGACCGUGCACCUGGAGGCGGAUCUCCAGCUUGGAAUCGGAAGUGUGACGUGUCAGCUAUUCUGCUCAGCUGGACUCUCUGCCUGGCACUGCCAGCGUUGGGGGGUAGGUGGGCUCAGGCUUUUCUGGCUUCUGCCAUGAAAUCCUGGCCAUGGGAACCCAGUGACAGAUGAUGUCUUCCAUGGUCAGCUCAGCGACCUCAGCAGCCUCAGGUCCUGGUGUGGGCUGGGCUUUUGCUAUCUUCUUAUGCAAAUCCCUUCCCACCUGGCCUGGAGUCACAGGGAGCAGUGGGGUCUCCCUGCCCUGCUGUGAGCCAGUCCCUGGUCGUGGCUUCUGGGGGCUUGGUGUGGGAGCAUGGAGGCUGGAGCUCGGUGUUGGGGCAGGGUGGUCCUGCUCCUGGCUCCAGCUGGCUGGAGUUUCUUCUCCUCAGAGUGCUGGGACAUUAAACAAACCUUUUACAA